CGCGUCUCGAAAACCGCGUUCGAGUCGAGACACUUUUAUACCAGUUUCCACCCCGUCGCCCGCGUAUGACAGCUCGACUCGAAACGUCAACUCGCUCCGUCCCGUUUCAGUUCUUUUUCCGGUCGGCCAUUGGGAUCGAAAGUGAACACAUUUCACUGAACCAUCAUGGGCAAGAUUAUGAAAGUGGGUAAGGUCGUGCUCGUCCUCGGCGGACGGUACGCCGGCCGCAAGGCCAUCAUCAUGAAGACGUUCGACGACGGAACCUCCGACAAGCAGUUCGGACAUGCCCUCGUGGCCGGCAUCGAUCGCUACCCGCGACGAGUGACCCGCCGCAUGAGCAAGGCGCGCCUCCACAAGCGCUCCAAGAUAAAGCCGUUCGUCAAGAUGCUGAACUACAACCACCUGAUGCCGACGCGCUACAGCGUACCGGACGUCAGCCUCGACAACAAAUAUUCCGUCAAGGACUUGAAGGACCCGGUCAAGCGCAAGAAGGCCCGCUUCCAGAUCCGCGUCAAGUUCGAGGACCGCCACAAGUCGGGCAAGAACAAGUGGUUCUUCCAGAAGCUGCGAUUCUAAGCUGGUGCGUGUGCGACAUUACCUAACACUAUUGUCCUUAAUCGUUAAGAAGAAGAAUGCGGAAGCGGAAGGGAGGAGUUACUGUGUGUAAA